AGGCAGACCCGUGAUGAAGAGCUACAUCAUCACACAGGCCUGCUGCGCAGCCUCUCAUAGGUGUGGACUGGACUCUGAGACGGUGAGCUGUGCUUGUGGCCAGACGAGACGAGACCUUUAAGUACAGACCUUUGGAUUUCUCGGUCACGUGACUCGCUAUCUACAGUCUGCCUUCCGCAGCCGGCCGUUCGCUCUCGCCAGUCAGAAAAAGGAUGGCAGAGGCUCCCAUGUCAUGUGAUUGUUUUGUUUCCUUGCCCCCUGGCUCUCGCGAUGACCACGUGAUUUUUGGAAAGAACGCAGACCGUCCUCGCGAUGAGGUGCAGGAGGUGGUACACUACCCUGCAGCAUCUCACCCUCCGGGCUCCACGCUGGAGUGCACAUACAUCCAGAUCCCUCAGAUAGAACAGACUCAUGCAGUUGUCCUUAGCAAACCUGCCUGGAUGUGGGGUGCUGAAAUGGGAGCCAAUGACCAGGGAGUCUGUAUUGGGAAUGAGGCAGUCUGGACCAGAGAGCCCAUCACACCCGGAGAGGCUCUGCUGGGCAUGGACCUGGUCCGACUCGGGCUGGAGCGUGGUGACAGUGCCUGGGCAGCGCUGAAAGUGAUCACUGGCCUCCUGGAACAGCAUGGCCAGGGAGGGCAGUGCAGGGAGGAUCCAGAGCCCUUCAGUUACCACAACACCUUUCUCCUGGUGGACCGAAAUGAGGCGUGGGUGUUGGAAACUGCUGGGAGGCUGUGGGUGGCACAGAAGGUCACAGAUGGUGUGAAGAACAUUUCCAACCAGCUGACCAUUAGCACUGAGAUCUCUGCAGAGCACUCGGAGCUGCGGAGUGCGGCCCAGGCUCAGGGCUGGUGGGAUGGUGAAGGAGAGUUCAACUUCUCUCAGGUGUUCUACCCAGAAAGGCCACCUGCCAGGAUGGAGCUGGCCAAACAGCGCUAUAAGGGAGGCACAGAGCUACUCCAGGAACAUGACGGCUCAGUCACAGCAGAGGUGAUGAUGUCCAUUCUGAGGGACAAGCUCAGUGGAAUCUGCAUGGACUCUGGAGGUUUCUGCACCACAGGCAGCAUGGUGUCCAUUCUUCCCAGAGACAACAGUCUGCCCUGCAUUCACUUCUUCACUGCCACCCCAGACCCCUCCAGGUCUAUAUUCAAGCCUUUUAUCUUCUCGAACUGUUCUACUCCAGUGCUGAGGGUGGUCUCUCCAGAGUUUGGCCCAGAUGACCCUGUCAGGAGGCAGCCUCGCUUUCAGAGCCAGGUGGACCGCAGACAUGACCUGUACAAGGCUCAUGAGGUGGCGCUUCACACCAUGGAGACCAACCCGGUGGGCAGUGAUGGACAACCUAGGACAGUACAGAAUUGACACUCACCGCAGAGCACAGCAGCACAGGACCUCACAGUUAGUUCAGGCGAGACCCACGGCAUGAGCGCAGACAUAAACACACUACAAGUACACAUCUAAAGCCACCUAAAGCCAGGGUUCCAGUCAUGACUCCACUGCAACCAAAGCCAAGUGUGACAGUGCUGGGAGGUGUCAGUGCUUCAAAAUAAAGUGACAUUUGCCAUUGGUAUGCUAACAAUCCUGUUUGAGAUGACGCUGUGAAGCUGAACUGACAGAGGAAGGCUGCUAUUUUCACUGUGACUCAAAAAACUCAAACAUCUAGUUUAGGGACUCAUUAGUUGCAUUCCAAAUACAGAUGUCAUACUAAUAAACCUGCACUAAUCCUUUUGUGGGGGAGUGUCUCUCUCUUUCAUCUUUUCUCUAUCUCAGGGCAAGGGUGAAGCUGUUCAUCCACCAUGAUGAACUUGGUAGCCAAAGAUUUACACAUGUAUAUAUCCAGCAACUAUGGAGCAACAUAGUUCUUUUGACAUUAUUGUUAUGUUUGUGUGUAUCUGACUCCAUCACUUUUAGCUCUAUUUUGUCACUCUACUGUCUUCUGAGGAAAAUAUCUGGCUCUAGCUCCUAAAUGCUCCAUUAUAUUCGCUGACUUUGUAAAAUCAGUAGAUAUUUCAUGUUGUAUCAUAUGUAUAAUGGGACAAAGCUAUUGGCUGCUGCUUUGGUGAGCAGCUAGACUAUGUAAAAAUCUAGAUUAUUUUGUGUAAUAGCAGAUGUGUAACUGCCUGUGUUUGCUACUACAGAGGUCUGGUCAAAUUGGACUUCUCAGAAGGCCAUGAGUAGGAUUUGGAUUCUUUUAAAUUCACAUUAUAUUACUUACAUGGGUUUAAACAAAUAACAUGCAGGUACCUGACUCAGGUGUUAAUGUUCUUUUGGCAUCUCUCCUUGUCAUUGUCUCU